CAUGGCCCCCUCCUCCCACCGCCUCCUCCUCCACACUACAAUCACUACACCCAAGUCCGCCACCGGCGAAUCCUCCACCACCUUCGACACCAACGUCAUCAUGAUACUUGCUGUCCUUCUCACAGCCCUCAUAUGCGCUCUCGUCCUCAACGCCAUCAUCAGCUGUAUUUUCCGCCUGCUAGGCCGCUCGAGACCCUCGUUCCCCAUCAUCCUCCCCCGCACCGCCGCUCGCCGACGAGCUAUCCGCAAGGUCCCGGUCGAGUUCUUCUCGCACGGUCUUAAGCUAGCUGGUUCCGGAUUGGAGUGCGCCAUUUGUCUCGCCGAGAUCGAACCGGGGGACCGGAUCCGGCUUCUUUCUGUAUGCCGCCACGGCUUUCACGUGCGUUGCAUCGACCGGUGGCUUUUAACCCAGCCCACCUGUCCUCGCUGCCGCCAAUGCCCCUUUGCCACGAGCCCGAAGAGCUCCGAUUGCGUCAAAUCGGAUGAGGUGGACCGAACCGGCAUUGAGCCGUUGGGGCCGGAAGGAUUAGAAAUAGGUUAUAGACUAUAGUGCAGUGGCAUGGGGCUGUUAACAUAUUGCACUUUUUUUUGGCUAGUUUAAGUAUAAAUUAAUUAAUUUUUUUAGCUUGGUUGUAAAUAUUUUAGCUACUUUUCAGAUCAAUGGUCUCCUACGUGUCUUCCAUCUGGAAUCUAAGGCUUUGGCGUAUACAAUGGCUAUUAUAUUUUUUAUGGAUUAAAUAAUUAAUGGGAUAAAGGCUUGAAGUUA